AUGGAGCUGGGGGAGCCUGCGUCGGCGCCCCUCAACCGGUCCCGAGCCGGGGCAGAGCCGCCCCGCGGGGAGUUCAACCUCUCCGGGCUGCCGGAGGCGGAGGGGAAACCCCUCUUCGGCAUUGGCAUCGAGAACUUCAUCACCUUGAUUGUCUUCGGCUUGAUCUUCACCCUGGGGGUGCUGGGCAACUCGCUGGUGAUCACGGUGCUGGCGAGGAGCAAGCCAGGCAAGCGCCACAGCACCACCAACAUCUUCAUCCUCAACCUGAGCAUCGCCGACCUGGCCUACCUGCUCUUCUGCAUCCCCUUCCAGUCCACGGUAUACGUGCUCCCCACCUGGGUGCUGGGCGCCUUCAUCUGCAAGUUCAUCCACUACUUCUUCACCGUCUCCAUGCUGGUGAGCAUCUUCACGCUCUCAGCUAUGUCUGUGGACCGCUACGUGGCCAUCGUGCACUCCCGACGCUCCUCGGACUUGCGCGUUUCCCGCAAUGCACUGCUGGGCGUGGGGCUCAUCUGGGCGCUCUCCUUCGCCAUGGCCUCACCUGUGGCUCACCACCAGCGCCUCUUCCACCGCGAGGCCAGCAACCAGACCUUUUGUUGGGACCACUGGCCCAACCCACGCCACAAGAAGGUCUAUGUGGUUUGCACAUUCAUCUUCGGAUAUCUGCUCCCACUGCUGCUCAUCUCCUUCUGCUAUGCCAAGGUGGGGCAAA